AUGCUUAAAGAAGAGUGUGGUUUCCCAGAUACUGUUGACUUUAGUGACAGAUAUAAAGAAGCUAUUGGAAAGUUCAAGGAUGGAAAUACUGACCCGAACCUAUUUAGCUUUAUGGCUCAGCACCAAAACGGAUAUAAUCUCAAACCUGGAAAAUACAAGCUCGCUAAGGGAUAUGAUUUAAUAGCAUAUCAUCCAAAUGACAUGGAUGAAUUUACUCCGAGAUAUUUGAUGUCAGAGCUAAAUGACAAUUCAACUUUCGUCAUGAAACGCGUAAAAAAUAGAGACGGAACGAAAGAACAAAAGCUUAUGAAUGCGGAUGACGUAGAUAGGGAAAUUGUUGAAAACGGUCUCGGAAUAUAUGAAAUGCCAGCAGAUGAGGUACAAGAAACUCCACAGGAAGAAGUUCAGAUACAACCAGACAUGGAAGAAAUAGUUCAGCAACAACAGCUAGAAGAGCCUGAAGGAAACGAACAAGUCACUCCUUUGGAAACUAACUUCACAGAACUAGAUGAAGAUUUGGAACAGCCGAAAAAUCUUGACCCUCAACAAGAGUAUGCGGAGAAUAUGGAAUAUUUCCAAGAGUCUAAAAAAAAUUCGGCUGACAUAGUAGAAGAAUAUCGAAAAAUGUUUGCCGACAUACAAAAGACUCCAACACCAGAUGAAAAUAUUCAGCAUAGAAUGGAAGUACUGAAAGAAAAUGUACACAAAUACAACAACCCUUUUUACUUACGAGCAUUUAACGUUCAAUCUUCGGAUGAACUCGGUGAAAAUAAAAGGUUAAAUUUCAAGAAAACAUAUAGAAAUGAAACAUUGUUUAAAGUUCAUUCAGAACCUAACCAAGAUGGAAACAAACCUACUUUUGUUUCUGCAGACGAUGGAACUACAAUGAGAUGGGGUCAUAAAGCUAACCCGGAUAGGUGGUUCAUAAACUUACAACCACAAUUCCAAGAAGUU